AUGCAUGAUUUCGUGAGCUUUCCACUUUUGCUACCAAUUUUGCAUGAUGAAAUGGAAAUCACCUCGGAGAUAAAGACUAGCGGGGCCAGCACACGACAGUCAACGCGCCUUCCCUGGUGCUCUCUGAACUCCGCUGAUGAGCCGACCAAUGGGAUCCGCCCCUUUGAGGAUUCUGACGGCAGGAAAGGCCCAUGGCACCUUCUCCGUGCCUUAGGUACCUCCGCUGCAGUGGGCCAGGGUCUCCGGAGGCGGAACAUUGCGAAUCGCCGGCCGAUAAGCCCGAGGGGUGGGGGCCUUAUCGGAGCUCCUGCAGGCGUCCGAGCCUAUAGAAUUUUCGCUGAAUCCAAUGCAUCUCCACAGUUCCCUCGCGCAUUUAUCGAAGCUUUCCAACAACUUUUUGUCAUUGCUCGCGGGCGCCCACCACCCACGAAACGAGCAAGCUAA